UCUCUGGGCCCAGCACUCCAUGGCCUUCGUAUUUGGGCCUCAAGGCCUCUGCACACACUGGGCCCCUCCCCUAUCAGGGUCCCCUAGACCUCGCUCCAUCUGCAAACACGUGUCUCCUCCACAAAGCCUUGCUGUCUGCUCUGUGCCGAUGGACUGCACUGACAUCGCUGCUGGAGACCAGACUCAGUCCCAGCUGGGUGCGCGCCAUCAGCAGCAUGAGGCGACCGGCGAGGAGCCUGAGGGGCAGGGACGGGACGGCGCCCGCGCAGUGCGCCCCGGCCCAGUGCUUCGACACCCUGGUCCGCAAAUGCGUGGCCUGCCAUCUCCUCCGGACGCCCAAACCUGGAUCGGCAGCCGUGGGAAGCAGCCUGGCGCCCGGGACGGCGCUGCAGCCGCAGGAGUCGGUGGGCGCCGGCGCUGCCGAGGCCGAGGCCACGCUGCCGCUCCCCGCGCUGCUCUUCGGCGCCCCCGCGGGGCUGGGCCUGGCGCUGGCCCUGGUCCUGGUGGGCCUGGCGAGCUGGCGGUGGCGGAGGCGGCGGCUCCGCGGGGCGGCUGCCCUCGAGGCCCCGGACAGAGACCGGGACGAGGCUCUGGACAAUGUCAUCGUCCUCACCCCUGGACUCCUUGAUGUCAAAACUCCUGUCUGGCCUCCACCCAGAGAAGACCCAGACGCCACCCCACCUGCCCACAGCGUCCCUGUGCCAGCCACAGAGCUGGGCUCCACUGAGCUGGUGACCACCAAGACGGCUGGCCCUGAACAACAGUAGCGAUGGAGGGGGCAGGAGGUGGCCCUUGCCCUCCCUGUGAAUUGGGCUAUUCACACCGGCGCCCACCUGCCCAUUUUCUGGGAGCCAGCCUGCUCUCCAGCUAACCCUGCAGAACCACAGACAGACACCACAGACCACAGUGUUCAGGUGACAUAGCAUCGCAUGGCAUGCUGGCAUUUGACUUAAAACCAUACCAUUUUUGGCAGCCUUCGACGGUUGUGGCUGAGCUCCUGUGUUUUUGAGUGGUUGUGGCACUUUGAGUAGCAGGUUUUUCUUUUAGAUUGGAGAAGCCACCAUUAAGCCAGAAUGAGUCUAGGAAAAGGAUCAACUGAUGUAGGACGCUUAAUUUGUAUCUGAGUGUCACAUUUCUUUAAUACUUGCUCUCUGAGCUGUUCUGCUUUUAAACUGAUGCAAAUGGCAGCAAUGAGCAACCAACUGACAGGUUUGCUUUGGGAUUUAGUAUGAGAUGAUUUUAAGAAACAGCCUAUGGGGCUGGCCCCGUGGCCGAGUGGUUAAGUUCACGCGCUCCGCUGCAGGCGGCCCAGUGUUUCGUUGGUUCGAAUCCUGGGCGCGGACAUGGCACUGCUCAUCAG